UCUAGCUAGCAAGCUCCCCGGUCUUCUUCUCCGACUUCUCCCAUUCUUAAGCUACAGCGAAUUCAAGAAAGACAUGGACGAGCAGUGGAUGACGGGGCAGACUUCCCUCAGCCUCGGCCUCAACGUCGGCCGGCCGACGGCGCGGCGGGGUGCCCCUCCGGUGACCAAGGUCCUCGUGGAGGAGGACUUCAUGUCCUCCAAGAAGAACCACGAGGUCGAGGCGCUGGAGGCGGAGCUCCGGCGCGUGGGCGAGGAGAACAGGAUGCUCAGCGACAUGCUCCGCGCGCUGGUGGCCAAGUACUCCGACCUACAGGGCAAGGUCAGCGGCAUGAUGGCGGCGGCGGCCGCGGCCAACAACCAGCAGUCGUUGUCUACGUCUGAGGGCGGCUCCGCGGCCUCGCCGUCCAGGAAGCGCGCCCGCAGCGACAGCCUCGACACCGCCGGCCGCAAUCCUUCGCCGCCGCUCGCCGCGGCUGGCAGCGGCGUCUUCGCCGUCAGCGUCAACGUCAGCCCCGACCAGGCGGAGUGCACGUCCGUCCACGAGCCCUGCGACAGCAAGCGCGUCCGCGCCGACGAUGUCAAGGCCAGCAGGGUCUCCAAGCUCUACGUCCACGCCGAUCCCUCCGACCUCAGCCUCGUGGUGAAGGAUGGGUACCAAUGGCGGAAGUACGGACAGAAGGUGACCAAGGACAAUCCGUGCCCGAGGGCCUACUUCCGGUGCUCGUUCGCGCCGUCGUGCCAGGUGAAGAAGAAGGUGCAGCGCAGCGCCGACGACAAGACCGUGCUUGUGGCCACGUACGACGGCGAUCACAACCACGCACCGCCGCCCAAGCAACAAGGCUCUGGUGGCAGGAAGAGGGGCGGCGCAGCCGUCCUCCACGUAUCACCGGCGCCGGUGCUUGUUCAGGAGCAGCGGAAGCACGAGGCUUCGACGGCGGAUCAGGUGGCCGAUAGGAAGAACCUGGUGGAGCAGAUGGCGGCGACGCUGACUAGGGACCCCGGGUUCAAGGCGGCACUCGUGUCGGCGCUCUCUGGUCGGAUCCCUGUUGCCUGACCGGAAAGCUGACAGCACAAGAGAAUAUACUCAGGAAAACAUUUUUGAAGAGAGAGGGCUGGUGCAUGACUUUCACCUACGGCGAUAGACCUGGCAAGAGCGGCACCUCGACAGCCACGGCGACAACGGACGCAACCCUGACGACAGCGGUGCCCGUUUGUGUUCGAAUCGCCCACGCGGGCGUCACGGUUGAUCCGGCCGAGGCAGUCCUGCCGGUCGCCGCCCCGAAACCAGUGGAGAUCAUCGGCUUGGCGAGCUCCUCUGGAAACUUCUUCUGAGCCGAGGAAGAUCACGAUCACGAUGGUGGCACGAGGUUUCUAUGCAUCCAUGACGUAGUGAAUAUUUUGUGCAGUUCAUCUACAUGUAAACUGGUGAACUGUUUGUAAAAUAGUAAGCGUAUGAACCGAUGUUGACUUUUCUGCUGCAAAA